AAUUUGAUACAUAAAUCCCGAAAAACAACCAAAGAGCGAAAAACCAAGUGCCCCGCAUUAAGUUCCGGCGGAAGUUUUCCGUUUGCACGAUGGACAAGUCCAUCGUUGCCCUUCUUCUAGUUGGUCUUCUGUCUUCCUCAUUCGCUGCCCCGUCUAGUUCACAGGAUGGAUACACCAUCACAGGCCGCAUCAAGAUCGAUGGUAUUGGGUCAAAUGUUUUUGGACAAUCCUCAAAACUAUCUAACAUCAAAGUCAUACUUAAUGGUGGUCGGACUACUACUUUUGUUAGAGCAGAUGGUUACUUCUCAUUCUGCAAUGUCCCUGCUGGUACUCAUCUGAUUGAGGUGGCUGCAAUGGGUUAUUUAUUUUCUCCUGUUCGUGUUGAUAUCAGUGCUAGGAAUCCUGGUAAAAUCCAGGCAGCGUUGACUGAAAAUAGGAAAGUUCUACAGGAGUUGGUUUUGGAACCUCUAAGAGAGGAACAGUAUUAUGAGAUGAGGGAGCCAUUUUCCAUAAUGUCUAUCGUGAAAAGCCCUAUGGGUUUGAUGCUUGGUUUCAUGUUCCUUGUUGUAUUCCUCAUGCCAAAGUUGAUGGAGAAUAUGGAUCCGGAAGAAAUGAGGCGUGCUCAGGAAGAAAUGAGGAACCAAGGCGUCCCAUCUCUCUCCAACUUACUGUCUGGAAGGAGCAGUGGUUCAUAAACAGCCCAAGUAAUUCAUGUGUAAUAAAUCGGAAUUUGCUUCUUUUUUUUAAAACUACUGUGGUAAUGCUGUGCUAGUUGUAGCAGAUAUAGAUACACGAUCCCCUAUUUCAUAAGUUUU